AAACACCACCGUUUCUCUACUGUGACGAAUUCGCUCUGUGAUACGACAAAGUCUCACUGUGAUGAGAUGGAAUCAUUCCAAUCUUAAUUCCACGUUUGGCUCUCUAUUUUACUGUAAAUCCUCUUUUAUGAAGCCUCCCUGGCUUGUUCCAUGAUUUCCGUUAUAUAGAUUCUUAUCUUACUGGGUUCCUGUGCUGAAUGGUAAAUAAUGGACAUCACUGAGGUUGAAGAGAACUUAUUUGCAGCUAGUGAUGCUAAGUUACAUGGAUAUAUGUGCAAGACACUCUCUGCAAUUUAUUGCAAAGUUCUAUCAAUAUUCCCUUCCUUGGAAGCAGCACGUCCUGGGAGCAAAUCUGGCAUUCAAGCAUUAUGUUCAUUGCAUAUAGCACUUGAGAAGUCCAAAAAUAUUCUUCAACACUGUUGUGAGUGCAGUAAACUUUACUUGGCCAUAACUGGAGAUUCAGUUCUUUUAAAAUUCGAGAAGGCAAAAUAUGCUCUUAUAGAUAGUCUUAGGAGGGUUGAAGAUAUUGUUCCACAAUCGGUUGGAUCUCCGGUAAUGAUCUUCCCUCAACCUUUUCCCAAAAUUGUUUCAAUUUUGGAGAUUGUUAGUGAAUUAGAAGGUAAAGUUUUCUCUCUUGAUCCAUCAGAGAAGCAAGUUGGCGAUGAAAUAAUUGCAUUGCUGCAGCAGGGGAGAAAAUUUGACAACCAAAAUGACAGCAAUGAGCUUGAAUCAUUUCAUCUGGCUGCUACUAGACUUGGCAUUACUUCUUCUAGGGCAGCACUUACAGAGAGAAGGGCUCUGAAGAAACUGAUUGAAAGAGCUCGUGCAGAGGAAGAUAAGAGAAAGGAAUCAAUUGUUGCUUAUCUUUUACAUCUCAUGAGGAAAUACUCCAAGUUAUUUAGAAGUGAGGUUUCAGAUGAAAAUGAUUCGCAGGGGUCAACACCUUGUUCCCCCACCGUGCAGGGUUCUCAUGAGGAUGGGUGUUCUGCUGGAAAUGGUCACGUGUUUGAGCGGCAGCUGUCGAAGCUCAACUCUUUCAAUUUCAAGCCAAUCAUUAGGAAAUCUGGGCAGAUACCACUUCCACCUGAGGAAUUAAGGUGUCCAAUAUCAUUGCAGCUUAUGCAUGAUCCUGUCAUUAUUGCUUCUGGACAAACAUAUGAAAGGAUAUGCAUUGAGAAAUGGUUUAAUGAUGGGCACAACACAUGUCCAAAAACACAACAAAGGCUCCAACAUCUUUCUCUGACUCCUAACUACUGUGUUAAAGGCCUCAUUGCCAGUUGGUGUGAACAGUAUGGAGUUCCCGUACCUGAAGGUCCACCAGAAUCUCUUGAUCUGAACUACUGGAGACUGGCUUUAUCUGAGUCUGAGGCUGCAAAUUCAAGAUCAAUGAAUAGUGUUGGUUCUUGCAACUUAAAGGGGAUGAAGGUGGUUCCUUUAGAGGAGGGUAGCACCAUUGAGAAAGUUGAAAAAGGAACAGAAAAUGAAUCUGUGCUAGAGGAAAAAUCUGAGCACAAUUUGUUAGAAAGAUGUAAAGAUUUCAUCACUAUCCUGUAUGAGGAAGAGAACUUGAGAAAAAAAUGCAAAGUUGUUGAACAAAUAAGGCUUAUGCUGAAGGAUGAUGAAGAGGCCAGGAUCUUUAUGGGGGCUAAUGGCUUUGUUGAAGCAUUGCUACAUUUUCUAGAGUCAAGUGUGCAUGAAAGGAAUGAAAUUGCUCAGGAAAUUGGGGCCAUGGCCCUUUUUAACCUUGCUGUCAAUAAUAACAGGAACAAAGAAUUGAUGUUGGCGGCUGGAGUAACUCUAUUGCUGGAUCAAAUGAUCUCCAAUUCUGAUGCCCAUGGAUCAGCAACUGCUCUCUAUCUGAAUCUAUCAUGCCUUGAAGAAGCAAAGUCUAUCAUAGGCUCAACUAAUGCUGUUCCUUUCCUAGUCAAGCGCCUUGGAGGUGAUACUGAACCACAGUGCAAACUUGACGCCCUUCAUGCCCUCUAUAACCUCUCAACUGUUCCCUCUAAUAUCCCAAACCUUCUUUCUGCUGGCAUCAUCAAUGGCCUCCAGUCUCUUGUGCUCUCUGGUGAGCACACCUGGAUGGAGAAAUCCAUUGCGGUCUUGCUAAAUUUAGCUUCAAGUGAAACAGGAAGAGAAGAGAUGAUAUCAGCCCCCAGCCUCAUAAGUGCGCUGGCAUUUGUAUUAGACAUUGGUGAGCUAAUCGAGCAGGAGCAAGCAGUCUCAUGUCUUCUGAUUCUUUGCAACGGAAAUGAGAAAUGCAGUCAAAUGGUCCUCCAAGAAGGAGUUAUACCAGUUUUAGUAUCAAUGUCAGUAAAUGGAACACCAAGGGGGAAAGAGAAGGCACAGAAACUUCUGAUGCUCUUCCGGGAGCAGAGGCAGCGAGAUCAGUCCCCAGCUGAUAUGCAGCAGCAUGUUGAGAGCAACCAAGAAUCUUUACCUGCUGCUACACCGCCUGCUCCAGAAUCCAAGCCGCCAUGUAAAUCAGCAUCGAGGUGGAAGAUGGGAAAAGCUAUCAGCUCCCUGUGGAAGAGUAAGAGCUAUUCUGUGUACCAGUGUUGAGCACGCUUGCCACUGUAAAUUUUCCUUUGUUUUGUAUCUAAGCUUCUGUUUUCUUCUGUCCGGUUCCCAUGGGGCAUUAUUGAUUUUUUCGUUCUCAUAGAGAAGAAAUGUACAGGCCCUGUAAUCCAUGGAUUUUUGGUGUCUUUUCCUUCCACAGCAUUGUAGGAAUACAUGUAUAAUAAUCUGUCAAAAUCAAAAGCCGGCAUUUUCCUGUAUAUGGGUAGAAGGGGAAAAAAAGGUUGGAUUUGGA